UGCGGUGUUUGUCUGCCGGACUUGACGGGCGGCCGGGCGGUGUGCGGCGGCGGCGGCGGGGAAGAUGGCGGCGUCCUCCUUAGAACAGAAGCUUUCCCGCCUGGAAGCAAAGCUGAAGCAGGAGAACCGCGAGGCCCGGCGGAGGAUCGACCUCAACCUGGAUAUCAGCCCCCAGCGGCCCAGGCCCACCCUGCAGCUCCCGCUGGCCAAUGAUGGGGGUAGCCGCUCACCAUCCUCAGAGAGCUCCCCGCAGCACCCAACGCCCCCUGUCCGGCCCCGCAACAUGCUGCUGCUGCCAUCUCCUUUCUUCACGCCCCGCAGCAUGGAGAGCAUUGAGAUUGACCAGAAGCUGCAAGAGAUCAUGAAGCAGACUGGCUACCUGACCAUUGGGGGCCAGCGCUACCAGGCGGAAAUCAACGACCUGGAGAACCUGGGCGAGAUGGGCAGCGGCACCUGCGGCCAGGUGUGGAAGAUGCGCUUCCGGAAGACAGGGCACAUCAUCGCGGUCAAGCAAAUGCGGCGCUCGGGGAACAAGGAGGAAAACAAGCGGAUCCUCAUGGACCUGGACGUGGUGCUCAAGAGCCACGACUGUCCCUACAUAGUGCAGUGUUUCGGGACCUUCAUCACCAACACGGAUGUCUUCAUCGCCAUGGAGCUGAUGGGGACGUGUGCCGAGAAGCUAAAGAAGCGGAUGCAGGGCCCCAUUCCGGAGCGCAUCCUGGGCAAGAUGACAGUGGCGAUCGUGAAGGCACUCUUCUACCUGAAGGAGAAGCAUGGCGUCAUCCACCGCGAUGUCAAGCCCUCCAACAUCCUACUGGAUGAGCGGGGCCAGAUCAAGCUCUGCGAUUUCGGCAUUAGCGGUCGCCUGGUCGACUCCAAAGCCAAGACGCGCAGUGCAGGCUGCGCCGCCUACAUGGCGCCUGAACGCAUCGACCCCCCGGACCCCACGAAGCCGGACUAUGAUAUCCGCGCCGACGUGUGGAGUCUGGGCAUCUCGCUGGUGGAGCUGGCCACAGGACAGUUUCCGUACAAGAACUGCAAGACAGACUUUGAGGUCCUUACCAAAGUCCUCCAGGAGGAGCCCCCCCUCCUGCCUGGUCACAUGGACUUCUCCGGGGACUUUCAGUCCUUCGUCAAAGACUGCCUUACUAAAGAUCACAGGAAGAGACCAAAGUACAAUAAGCUACUUGAACACAGCUUCAUCAAGCGCUACGAGACGCUGGAGGUAGAUGUGGCGUCCUGGUUCAAGGACGUCAUGGCAAAGACCGAGUCGCCUCGGACUAGUGGAGUCCUGAGCCAACACCACCUGCCCUUCUUCAGGUAGCCGAGUGGUGGCGGCCAGCCCCACAGCGGCCCAGGGGCAUGGCCACAGGCCCGCCCGCCUUCCCCACCUGGCCACCCAGCUGCCCAACCAGGGGCGACCUGGUAACCUAGAGGCCACUGAGGACAAAAAGU